AUGGCAUCCCUCAAGCCUCUAUUGCUAGCAGGAGGAAGGUCAUCGCGAAUGGGCACGCGGAAGGAGCUUCUUCGUAUAGACAAUGAGCCGAUGUACAAGCGUCUGAUCUCUGUCCUGCACGCCGCAUGUCCUGAGUCCGAUACGGCAUAUUUAUCGCUAAGGGACCGGAGUUCUGCGCAGGCCCUUUACGGAAAUGACAACGUGGGAUGUUCACCUAAUGAUGUGCUAAAGCUAAAUGUCGGGGGAUCAGCAUUAACCGUCCGGUUAAUCUACGACAAUGACGACGGAAGUCCCCGAGACGAAGAUGCAGACAUUGGACCAGCAGCAGGACUCCUUUCUGCACGUCGCCAGGAUUCAUCGGCUACCUGGCUUGUAGUGGCGUGCGAUUACCCGUUUUUAACGACUGCGGCGUUGCGGUCUCUACGCGGAGAAUCCGAGUCCAGCAGGGCGCCUGUUACGUGCUUCUCCAACACAGAAGGCUUCAACGAGCCACUUCUCGCAAUCUGGACGCCAGAUGCUCUACGUUACCUCCAGAAGAACGUCGAACAAGGGAUACUGGGUCCUAGUGCGGUAGUCAAGCGCCUACACGGUAGGACACUACGGCCAGAAAACGAGCAAUGGCUGUUUAAUGCAAAUGACUGGAAAGAGUGGCAGCGGGCACUGGACAUUAAGCGGAUUAAUUAA